GCAGAUCAGCACAGGGACGUAAAACAACCACGUCUCCAAUCUGACACCGAAGCCGCCUGUGGAGAGAGAAAGAUCAGCGGACAAAAGAAAACGCAAAAUGAGAAUAUAGAGCAAAACUAUUUCACCUCUAGUUUUCUCUUUUUAGGGUCCAGUUUUACUUUUGGAAAACCUUUCGUUAAUAAUGAUUAUACAUACUUCAUAGGUUAGGCAAGGUCCGUUUUUAUUCUUUUUGUACUUUUUGAGUUUUAAGGAAACAUUCUCACUAUUGGAAUGGUCUGAUUCAGGAGAAUCUUCUGGGGGAAACUUAGACGAGAAAACUAAGAACGGAGCCUUGAGCAUUUUUUGUGUCCCGAGUUCAGUAGUCUCGCGCUUUGAGGAAUGUUACCGAAACUCCAGUCGUUACUCGCCAUCGCCAGCGUAUUUCUGGUGCAAAGCGGGACCGGUGACAAAGAAGUCAGACCAGAGGCAUGGCUCCAGCAGUAUGGGUAUCUUCCUCCUGGCGAUGUUCGGGCUCAGGCAAUCCGCUCUCCUAAAUCCAUCAUCACCGCCAUUUCCGCCAUGCAGAAGUUCUAUGGCCUCACUGUCACCGGCACUAUGGAUCCAGCUACUCUCUCGGCCAUGGAGCGGCCAAGGUGUGGAGUUCCAGAUAAAUUCGGCUCUGAACUGAAGAGCAACCUACGAAAGAAGCGCUAUGUCAUCCAGGGCCUAAAAUGGGAAAGAAAAGAAAUCACUUUCAGUAUCCAGAACUACACUCCUAAAGUGGGUGAACAAGCCACACAUGAGGCCAUCAGGAAAGCUUUCAAGGUUUGGGAAGCCGUGACGCCACUCAAAUUCCGUGAGAUCCCAUACAGUCAAAUCAAUGGCAAGGUGGACAAGUUUGCAGAUAUCAUGCUUUACUUCGCGGAAGGCUUUCACGGAGACAGCACCCCAUUCGAUGGCGAGGGAGGUUUUUUGGCUCACGCGUACUUCCCUGGUCACGGUAUCGGAGGUGAUACCCAUUUUGACGCAGCAGAGCCUUGGACGACAGGCAACGUUGACCAGGGAGGUAAUGAUGUGUUCCUGGUGGCAGUGCAUGAAUUAGGUCAUGCUCUGGGUCUGGAACACUCAGGCGAUCCCUCUGCCAUCAUGGCUCCGUUUUACCAGUGGAUGGACACUGAGAACUUUGUGCUGCCUGAUGAUGACAGACGGGGGAUCCAGCAAAUAUAUGGUGCUGGCUCUGGUGAGGUGCCCCAACCUCCGGCACCCCGGCCCCCCACCCGCAGGCCAGACAGGCCUUCCUUUGGCCCUGACAUAUGUGAGGGACACUUCGACACCAUCGCUUUUCUCAGGGGAGAGAUGUUCGUCUUCAAGGAAAAGUGGUUCUGGAGAAUGCGUGAUGGUAAACCUCAGCAGGGCUAUCCCAUGCCCAUUGGACACUUCUGGAAGGGACUGCUUCCCUCAAUCAACGCAGCCUACGAACGCUCUGAUGGAAAGUUUGUUUUCUUCAAAGGUGAUAAGUACUGGGUUUUCAAUGAGGCCAAAAUGGAGGAAGGUUAUCCAAAAACUUUCAAGGAGCUUGGCACAGGUCUACCAAGAGACAAGCUGGAUGCCGCUGUUUUCUACACGCCCACUGGCAACACCUACUUCUUUAGAGGAACCAAAUAUUACCGUUUCAAUGAGAAAAGCAGAUCUGUGGAUCCAGAUUACCCCAAAUCUAUCAGUGUAUGGCAAGGAGUACCAGAUAAUAUCAAAGGGGCCUUCAUGAGCGAAGAUGGAGCCCACACUUACUUCUACAAAGCCAAUAAGUACUGGAAGUUCAACAACCAGCAGCUGAAGGUGGAGCCAGGCUACCCCAAAUCGGUCCUGACUGACUGGAUGGGCUGUGAUGGAGAGGAGCCCAAGAAGAGGAUCGGCACCGAUGAGGAAGUGCUCAUCAUUGAGGUGGACGAGUCAGAAGGCGGAGCCAUGGGAGGAGCCGCAACCAUUGUCAUCCCUCUCUUUCUUUUGGCCUGUGUGCUUGUCACUUUGGGGGCUCUGCUGUUCUUCCGGCGCUACGGCACCCCUCGACGCCUCCUCUACUGUCACCGCUCUCUGCUCGACAAGGUUUAGAGAUGAACACGAAAGGCACGGGAAGAGACGAGAAAGAGGGAUACAAGUAGAUGGCAUUUGGAAGGAUGUUGAAUGGGAAAAAUUUUAUUAGGAUGGAGUGGAAAUGAAUGUCAGACUGUAAAGGUCUGCAAGCAGGGAGAGAUGAAAAAGUGAAGGAUGUGUAUCGUAUGUUUUUCUAUUUACAUGUGCUUCUCUGCCAUUAAUAAAAAAAAUCCAAAAUGGAGUGGGAGAUAAGAGAGACAGACAAGAGCCCCCCUCCGUCUCUUAAAUGGUUACAGUUUAUCAGUGAAAUGCACCUUUGUUCCUUCAGUCUUCUUUUCAGUAUAUAAUCCCUCCUUUAUCCUCUCUGAAAAUCUCCCUCCCCAGAACCGAACUUGACUCCAGCCGGGCGGCUGUUUGAUCGACAUGUUCUAUAUUCUAAAUGAUCUCACUUUGAUGUAUUUCAUUAACUCAGAUUUUGCUUUUUUACAUUGCUGAUCCAGUGAAAACCUCCUGCACCCCAUUACGUGCCUUUGCCAUUGAAUUAAUAGUAUGGAAGGACUAUUAUAAUUGACCUUCCUUGCACCUUUUAUUCACCCAAGAUAUUUGCACAAAGUACGGCUCGACUAUAGAGACCUGCUGUACGUGAAAGGUCAAAGGUUACAGGUCAAAGUUCAGGGAGAGAGAAGCCGAGCAGCUUCUGGUGUAGGCCAGUUUGAAAUACACCUAUAGAGCAGAGCUGUCCAUCUGUUUCAACUCAAAAUACUAUUGUUAUUGUAAUGUGUUUGGUACAUUUUACUAUGAUUAAUUAUGUCAGUAAUGACUUGCGUUGUUAUUAUAACUAUGGUUAUUGUUAUUAUUGUUCUACAUGUGUAGUCUUACCUAUUUUAAAUUGUCAUUUCAAGUCCUGCUGGACACAGGCAGAAUGUGACUUAUUUCAAAUUAGCUUCUGAGAUUUUAAUGUCAGGUUUAAGGGCGGAAAAAUCAGGUUUCUAUAAUAAGGCUGGAGGUGAGAUUUUCUUUCUCUCCACCUUGCAGAAGCAAAUAAAGAGUUAUUUAUGAACAGUAAUGGUGCUAUGGGUUUUCUCACUGCAUACAUAAUCAGUAUUAGACAUUUCUGAAGUAGUUUUAACAAUGAUAAUGGUAAUGAUAUUUAUAAUGAUAAUGAUAUAGUGUAAAUGUAAAGGAAUGACAUUUUUGCCUGUUUCAUACUUUUUGUACUUGGAAAUGAAAAUGAAAUAAAGUUCCUUUUUUAACAUUA